AAAGGAGUCUAUCGUCUCGCCCGAUCCCCCUUCUUCCUCCUUUCCCUCGUCUUCGUGUCUCCUCCUUCUGUCGUUCCUCUGCCUCACUCUCCACUCUUCCCACCUCUCCAUGGCCUUAUUGGAGAUCUCUCCAUCCUACGCGCGAUCCAGAGCUCUACCACCGAAUGAUCUCUCUUCGAGGCCCAUCAACCCUCUCCUCGCCUUCAAGAAUCGGCGCCCUUCUCUUCCCUGCAGCGCCCGCCGGAUUCCGAGAAUUCUCUGCUCCGUGUCACCAAAUCAAGUCCAGGCCCCAGUUCUGUCCGCCACUCCGGCUGGUGCAACGAGCAAGAGGGAGUGUUUCGGGGUGUUCUGCACCACCUAUGACCUGAAAGCGGCUGACAAAACAAAGUCAUGGAAGGGUUUGAUCAAUAUUGCAGUAUCAGGUGCAGCUGGAAUGAUAUCUAAUCAUCUACUCUUUAAACUUGCUUCUGGUGAGGUUUUUGGGCCAGAUCAGCCAAUUGCCUUGAAGUUGUUGGGUUCUGAAAGAUCAUUUCAAGCUCUCGAAGGAGUGGCAAUGGAACUGGAGGACUCCCUAUAUCCUCUGUUGAGGGAGGUAAGCAUUGGAAAAGAUCCCUAUGAAGUGUUUCAGGAUGCAGAAUGGGCACUUCUGAUCGGGGCAAAGCCCAGAGGCCCUGGAAUGGAGCGAGCAGGCUUACUAGAUAUUAACGGGCAGAUUUUUGCUGAACAGGGAAAAGCACUCAAUGAUGUGGCAUCACGCAAUGUGAAAGUUAUUGUCGUGGGUAACCCAUGCAAUACAAAUGCACUUAUUUGUUUAAAGAAUGCACCAAAUAUACCUGCCAAAAAUUUCCAUGCCUUAACCAGGUUGGAUGAGAACAGAGCCAAAUGCCAGCUGGCCCUCAAAGCUGGUGUGUUUUAUGAUAAAGUCUCAAACAUGACUAUUUGGGGAAAUCACUCGACAACCCAGGUUCCUGACUUUUUAAAUGCUAAAAUCAAUGGCAUGCCAGUAACCGAAGUUAUAACUGAUGUCAAGUGGUUGAAGGAAGAGUUUACUGAAAGAGUUCAAAAGCGUGGUGGUGUCCUUAUACAAAAAUGGGGUAGAUCUUCUGCUGCAUCUACUGCUGUUUCCAUUGUUGAUGCCAUAAGGUCCCUCAUCACUCCCACGCCAGAAGGCGAUUGGUUCUCUUCAGGGGUUUAUUCCACUGGAAAUCCUUAUGGCAUAGCAGAGGAUAUUGUGUUCAGCAUGCCAUGCAGAUCGAAGGGAGAUGGUGACUAUGAACUAGCGAAGGAUGUGAUAUUUGAUGAUUACCUCCGUGAGCGUAUAAAAAAGACCGAGGCUGAGCUUCUUGCCGAGAAGAGAUGUGUAGCACAUCUGACCGGAGAGGGUAAUGCCUAUUGUGAUCUUCCUGAGGAUACCAUGCUUCCCGGAGAGCAGUAACACCUAAGAAGCAUUUAUCCACAAUUUGAGAAAUGUGCCUUCAAAACGUAUUGACAGGAGGAGUCAAAGCCUUUGAUUACACCUCCCAAUAGGAGCUGCUUGUUAUUUUUAUAUAUUAGUAUGUGCAAGUUCCGCCAACUUGAUCCAUGUUGUAUCAUAUAUGUUGUACCAUAAAAUAUAUCAGGCUAAAAGCACCUUCAUAUUGAA